AUGCCGAAGAAACAGGCGGAGGUCAACCGCGGUCCGCCAAAGGCCGGGCGAGGAAAGCGCCAGGUUGCUGCUGACGACCAUGACCCUGGCCCUUCCAACGAGGUUCCCGCUGCCAAGAGGCCACGCGGUCGACCGCCCAAGGUCGUGUCGGUGGAGCCGCUAACUCCGAAGCCCAUCGCAACCACGGCGGCUCGAAAGUUGCGGAAGGCAGCCGAUGAAGCGCAGCCCGAGAGCGAAAACCCAUCCACCAGCAGGGCAGCCGCAUCUAAAGCCCCGAGAUUGAGCCGCAGGAAGCGGUCGAGAAGCUCCUUCUCAAGCAGCACCAACGACACAGCAAGCGAGGCUCCAAAGCGUCGCAGUGCCAAAAGAAAGGUGAGCCGCGGUCGAUCAAGGCACUCGUCCCGCAGUCGUCGCGGUGGACGCGUGCGUAAAGACCAAAGCCGUGAAAGCUUGACCACACGGUCGGGAAGAAACGAUGGAAGAAAGAAGAGGCACGGCAAGAGCCGCCGCCAUGCCCGGUCUCUUAGCUCAUCCUCGGCCACGAGCAUGCGCUCGAAGCGCGGCAAGAAGCGCCGCCAUGUCCAUAGUCGCGUGUCCUCCAGCCACGGGGGAAGGCACGUGAAGGCGAGGAAGGCUCCGAGCAGCGCCUCGUCAACUAGAGACGGGAGGCGCACGAGGGUCCGCAAGAGCUCCAAGGGCUUGAAGAGAAAGUAG